CCUAAACUUCUUGCGACAUAUUUUGCUCCAUUCCGUCUCAUUACCGGUUUUUGCACUCAAGUCUGGUCAUCAGAACAAUUAAUAGGUGAAAUUAAAAAAACUCCAAUUUUAUUUCUUACAGGUGGUAAUGAUAAGGUAGUACCUCAAGAACAUACAAAAAUUUUAUAUGAAUUGACUAAAACAGAAGGUGGUAAAGUAUGGGAAAAAUUUCCAAAGGGUAAACAUAGUGAUACAAUUAGUCAACCUGGUUUCUUUGAAGCUAUUGAAAUAUUUUUAUCGAAAGUUACUCAAAAAUAG